GAGCUGCAGGAGGAGGGAAGCCUCGGCUGUGAUGCCGCUGGAUGAUGGCUGCUUUCGGGAUCCUAAGUUACGAACACCGGCCACUAAAGCGGCCCCGGCUCGGCCCUCCGGACGUUUAUCCUCAAGAUCCGAAACAAAAAGAGGAUGAGUUGACUGCACUGAAUGUGAAGCAAGGAUUCAAUAACCAGCCGGCUGUGUCUGGUGAUGAACAUGGCAGUGCCAAAAAUGUCAACUUCAACCCCUCAAAGAUCAGUUCAAACUUCAGCAGCAUCAUUGCAGAGAAGCUGCGCUGGAACACGUUUCCAGACACAGGGAAACGUAAACCCCAGGUCAACCAGAAAGAUAACUUCUGGCUCGUCACAGCAAGGUCACAGAGCUCCAUCAAUAAUUGGUUCACGGAUUUAGCAGGGACUAAACCUCUGACACAGCUUGCUAAAAAGGUACCAAUCUUCAGCAAAAAGGAGGAGGUUUUUGGAUACUUGGCUAAGUACUCAGUCCCUGUUAUGCGUUCAGCAUGGAUGAUUAAGAUGACCUGUGCAUAUCACGCGGCUAUCACUGAAACUAAAGUCAAGAAGAGGCAUGUGAUUGACCCUUGUAUAGAAUGGACCCAGAUUAUUACUAAGUAUCUUUGGGAGCAGCUUCAGAAGGUGGCUGAGUUUUACAGACAGUUUCCCAGUCAGGGCUGUAGCUCACCUCUACCAGCCACCCCUGCCGAUGUGGAGACGGCCAUGAAGCAGUGGGAGUACAACGAGAAGCUGGCUAUGUUCAUGUUUCAGGAUGGUAUGUUAGACAGACAUGAGUUCCUGACAUGGGUGCUGGAGUGUUUUGAGAAGGUCCGACCCGGUGAAGACGAGCUUCUCAGGCUUCUCCUGCCCCUUUUACUACAGUACUCAGGGGAAUUUGUACAGUCUGCUUACUUGUCACGAAGACUGGCUUACUUCUGCACACGGCGCCUCAACUUGUUGCUAAGUGACGGGAGCCUGGGCCCCGGCGCAGGAGGACAUCCAGCUCAUGGUAUCUUGACACAGCAAGGCAAUGCCCUGCCGCCCACCCCAACCUCCCAGCCAGCAGGAGGGAACCAGCCCCAGACACCUUUCACAGAUUUCUACAUCUGCCCACAGCACAGGCCUCUGGUGUUUGGCCUCAGCUGCAUGUUGCAGAGCAUAGUGUUGUGCUGCCCCAGUGCUCUGGUGUGGCAUUACUCUCUGACAGACAGCAGAAACAAGACCGGCUCACCUCUGGACCUAUUGCCCAUCGCCCCUUCCAAUUUGCCAAUGCCAGGAGGCAAUACUGCCUUCACACAGCAGGUUCGGGCAAAGUUGCGAGAAAUCGAGGAGCAAGUUAAGGAGCGAGGCCAGGCGGUGGAAUUCAGGUGGUCGUUUGAUAAGUGCCAGGAGACCACAGCAGGGUUCACCAUCGGGAGGGUUCUCCACACCCUGGAGGUUCUAGACAACCACAGCUUCGAGAAGUCAGACUUUAACAACUCACUGGAUUCACUAUACAACAGGAUAUUUGGUUCAGGCCAGAGUAAAGAUGGCCACGAGAUGUCACCUGAUGAUGAUGCGGUGGUAACCUUGCUCUGUGAAUGGGCGGUGUGCUGCAAGCGGUCAGGCAGACACAGGGCCAUGGUGGUGGCUAAGCUGCUGGAAAAGAGACAGGCUGAAAUAGAAGCAGAGAGGUGUGGUGAGUCGGAGGUGGUGGAUGAGAAGGGCUCUGUGUCAUCGGGCUCCCUCUCGGCUGCCACACUACCAGUCUUUCAGGAUGUGCUGCUGCAGUUUCUUGAUACUCAGGCCCCCACACUCACGGAGCCUGGGAAUGAAAGCGAACGAGUGGAGUUCUCCAACCUGGUCCUUCUGUUCUGCGAGCUCAUCCGUCACGACGUCUUUUCCCACAACAUCUACAUGUGCACGCUGAUAUCGCGUGGCGACCUGGCUUCUGACUCCCACCUGCCGCGCCCACGUUCUCCGAGCGACGAGCCGUCCGAUGAGUCAGAGCGCAAAGAGCAGGAUACAGGCAGCAGUGUCAAGAUGGAGGAUGCUGGUCUGUCAGAGUCGAUGGAAACUGAUCACAACUCCAGUGCUAAUUUUGACGAGAUGUUCUCCCCUCCGAUGCACUGUGAGUCCAAGGGCAGCCCCUCUCCCGAGAAGCCUGCCGCAGAGCAGGACAGCAAGGCCGGCUGUAAGGACAAGGGCAUGGACCCUGCCUUCCCUCAGCUGUACGAGCAGCCCCGCCACAUUCAGUAUGCCACUCACUUCCCUAUUCCUCAGGAGGAAAGUGCCAGUCAUGAAUGCAACCAGCGUUUAGUGGUUCUCUACGGUGUAGGCAAACUGAGAGAUGAGGCGCGGCACACCAUCAAGAAAAUCACCAAAGACAUCUUGAAGGUGCUCAACCGCAAAAGCACAGCAGAGACAGGAGGGGAGGAGGGACAAAAGAGGAAGCGGAGCAAGCCGGAGGCCUUUCCCACCGCAGAAGAUAUCUUCUCCAAAUUCCAGCACCUCUCCCACUUUGACCAGCACCAGGUCACCUCCCAGGUGUCCAGAAAUGUGCUGGAACAGAUCACCAGCUUUGCCUUAGGGAUGUCCUAUCACCUGCCUCUCGUCCAGCACAUCCAGUUCAUCUUUGACCUCAUGGAGUACUCGCUCAACAUCAGUGGCCUCAUAGACUUUGCCAUUCAGACUGUUUGUGUUUUGCAGCUUCUGAAUGAGUUGAGUUUGGUGGAAGCCGAGCUGCUGCUGAAGUCAUCCAGCCUGGUGGGCAGCUACACCACCAGCCUGUGUCUGUGUAUUGUAGCUGUGCUGAGGAGGUACCACUCCUGCCUCAUUCUCAAUCCUGAGCAGACAGCACAAGUUUUCGAUGGGUUACGCAUUGUGGUGAAGUCAGGUGUGAACCCAGCAGACUGUUCCUCUGCUGAGCGCUGCAUCUUGGCCUACUUGUAUGACCUCUACACCUCCUGCAGUCACCUCAAGAACAAGUUUGGAGAAAUCUUUAGUGAGUUCUGCUCUAAAGUGAAAAACUCCAUCUACUGCAACAUCGACCCGUCAGACUCCAACAUGCUUUGGGAUCCUGUGUUCAUGAUGGAGGCCAUUGCCAACCCCUCAGCCAACAACUUCAACCACUCCAUGGUGGGCAAAAUCCUCAACGACAGCCCAGCCAACCGCUACAGCUUUGUCUGUAAUGUGCUCAUGGAUGUGUGUGUGGACCACCGAGACCCUGAGAGGGUAAACGAUAUUGGGAUCCUGUGUGCAGAACUGACAGCAUAUUGUCGCUCCUUGAGUGCCGAGUGGCUCGGCAUCCUCAAGGCUCUCUGCUGCUCUUCUAACAAUGGCAACUGUGGCUUCAAUGAUUUGCUGUGUAAUGUAGAUGUUAGUGAUUUGUCCUUCCACGAUUCCCUCGCAACCUUCGUAGCCAUUCUCAUUGCUAGACAGUGCUUGCUCCUAGAAGACUUGGUUCGCUGUGUGGCCAUUCCCUCCCUCCUCAAUGCAGCCUGCAGUGAGCAAGACUCUGAGCCUGGAGCCAGACUUACCUGCAGAGUUCUGUUGCACCUUUUUAAGACGCCGCAACGCAACCCUGUCCCGCAACAUGGUAUGAAGUCAGAUAGAUCCUCUGUUGGUAUCCGGUCGUCAUGUGAUCGCCACCUUCUUGCUGCUUCUCAGAACAGCAUCGUUGUUGGAGCAGUGUUUGCUGUCCUCAAAGCCGUGUUCAUGCUCGGUGAUGCAGAGCUAAGAGGCUCAGGACUGUCACACCCAGCUGGCCUCGACGACAUAUCUGAGGGACGCAAUGUCUCCAUAGAAACGGCCAGCUUGGAUGUGUAUGCAAAGUAUGUUCUGAAGACGAUCUGCCAGCAGGAAUGGGUUGGCGAACGUUGCCUGAAGUCUCUGUCUGAGGACAGUAGUGCCCUGCAGGACCCAGUGCUGGUAAACAUUCAGGCCCAGCGGCUACUGCAGCUCAUUUGCUAUCCGCACCGCCAGCUGGACAGUGAUGAUGGUGACAACCCUCAGAGGCAGCGUAUCAAACGCAUCCUACAGAAUAUGGACCAAUGGACGAUGAGACAGUCGUCUCUGGAGCUGCAACUGAUGAUCAAACAGAGCACAAACAAUGAGCUCUACUCUCUCCUGGAGAACAUAGCUAAAGCCACUAUAGAAGUGUUUCAGAAAUCAGCUGAGAUGAACUCCAGUAACCCCUCAGGGAAUGGAGCAACGGUCCAAGGGGGCUCUGCAUCCAAUAAUAACAGCACGACAAGCAAAAUGAAGCCUAUUUUAAGCUCUUCAGAGCGAUCAGGCGUUUGGCUGGUGGCUCCGUUGAUAGCCAAGCUGCCCACCUCAGUUCAGGGCCAUGUGCUGAAGGCAGCUGGAGAAGAGCUGGAAAAAGGACAACACCUUGGCUCCUCCUCACGUAAGGAGAGGGACAGGCAGAAACAGAAAAGCAUGUCUCUGCUAAGCCAGCAGCCUUUCCUGUCGUUGGUACUGACCUGCUUGAAGGGGCAGGAUGAACAGAGGGAAGGACUUCUCACCUCCCUGUACAGCCAAGUGCAGCAGAUCGUUACCAACUGGAGAGAAGACCAGUACCAGGAUGACUGCAAAGCGAAACAAAUGAUGCACGAGGCUCUGAAGCUACGACUGAAUCUUGUUGGUGGCAUGUUUGACACUGUGCAGCGCAGCACCCAGCAGACCACUGAGUGGGCGGUACUACUCCUCGACAUCAUCAGCAGCGGCACAGUGGACAUGCAGUCUAAUAACGAGCUCUUUACAACAGUGUUGGACAUGCUGAGUGUGCUGAUUAAUGGCACACUAGCUGCUGACAUGUCCAGCAUCUCUCAGGGCAGCAUGGAGGAGAACAAGAGGGCCUACAUGAACCUGGUCAAGAAGCUCAGGAAAGAGCUUGGAGAUCGGCAGUCAGAAAGUUUGGAAAAGGUUCGCCAGCUUCUGCCGCUGCCCAAGCAGACCCGCGAUGUCAUAACGUGUGAACCUCAGGGCUCGCUGAUAGACACCAAGGGCAACAAGAUUGCUGGCUUUGAGAAAGAGGGUCUCCAAGUAUCGACCAAGCAGAAGAUUUCUCCGUGGGAUGUCUUUGAGGGUCUGAAGCACUCCGCCCCUCUUUCCUGGGGCUGGUUCGGCACAGUGCGCGUGGACCGCAAGGUCACUAAAUUUGAAGAGCAGCAGCGUUUUCUGCUUUACCACACACACCUGAAACCCAAACCUCGUAGCUAUUACCUGGAGCCGCUCCCCCUGCCCCCUGAAGAGGAGGAGCCCCUGACACCAGUCCCCCCAGAACAAGAGAAGAAGAUGAUGGAGGCAGUGAAGCCAGAAAAGAAUGUGCCCGCUGUGCCCUCUGACUCAAACAAGAAGAAAUCUAACAAGAAAAAGAAAACACAAUCUGCAAAGACAGACCAGGACUACGUAAACCGUACACCGAGCGGUGUGAACUAUGGGCCUAAUAUGCCACCAGACCUGAUGCAAAGUCACCAGUAUAGCAGGCUUUCCUACCCCCAACAGACCAUGAGCAUGUAUACACAGAACCAGCCUCUACCUCCAGGAGGUCCAGGUUUAGAACCUCCAUACAGACCUACCCGCAACCCACAGAUGAACAAAAUGAUGCCCACUCGGCCCAGCUACCAAGGCAUGAUGCCUGGAAUGCAGGGGAGCAUGCCCGGUAUGAUGGGAAUAGACAAGCAGUAUCCAAUAAGUUAUAAGCCCCAACCAGCCAUGCCACAGAGCCAGAUACUGCGACACCAACUACAGGUCAGACUGAAUCAGAGCAUGAUGGGGCAACAGAUUAGACAAAUAACACCCAACCAACCAUACACUUCAAUGCAGACAUCUCAGAACAUAUCUCAGGGCUAUACCUCAUACGGAUCACACAUGGGCAUGCAGCAGCAUCCGUCCCAAGGUGGUGGUAUAGUUCCUUCCUCCUAUGGGAACCAAACCUUCCAGGGCACUCAUCCUGGAGCCAACCCGGCUGUGGUGGAUCCUCUUAGGCAAAUGCAGCAGAAGCCCAGUGGUUACGUUCACCAGCAUGCUCCAGGCUACGCACACAAUAUGCAGAACACGCAGAGGUUUGCCCACCAGCCCAUUCAACAGAACCCCAUAAUCCACGGCCUCAUGGGAGGUCAGGCUGUCCAUCCGAGCUUGAGGCCCAAUCAGAUGUUGGCAGAACAACAACAGCAGCAACAGCAACAGCAGCAGCAACAAGCAGCACAGCAACAGCAGCAGUACCACCUCAGACAGCAAGCACUCAGACAGGCCCAACAAGUUCAACAACAACAACAACAACAACAGCAGCAGCAGCAGCAGCAGCAACAGGUCCAACCACAGCAGGUUCCUCCUCAACAACAAGUUCCGCAGCAGCAGCAGCAGCAGGUGUCAGCGGUGCCUCCCCCAGGUCAGGCACAGAACCAGGGCCUGAGCAUGCAGCCGCUACCCCCACAGCAACCCUUGGUAGGUCCAAACCAGUUCCCACGAACGGGAAUGCAGCAGACUCAGCAGCAGCAGCAGACUGCAGCUCUGGUCAGACAGCUGCAACAGCAACUUUCAAAUACACAACCAGGACAGGGCACCAAUUCAUAUUACUGAUCGUGCUUGUUGAUGGUAGAACGCAGAGAAUAGGUCCUCGUUUUGUGGGGAGGCCCAGCUCUGCAGAUUGGCAAAUGAAUGUGUCCAGUCCCAGGAAGGUGGUUUGGAGGUUUGGAGGGACGGCAGUUCAAGGCACCAAGGACCACCAAACAGAUGAACCAAAUCCCAGCUUGACCACUGAGGCAACGAUCCGAAAAUAUUUUGACUUCAGUUGUGUAAUUGUGGAUUAUCAAUGGAGGGAUCCUGAUCUGAAGUAAACACGUAAUGGUAAAUGAUGGAAAAGUCUAUGUACAAAAAAAAGUACCACAAAUUAUAAGAAUAAUGCAAUUUUUUAUUUUAUUUCAAUUUGUACAAUUUUUUCAGUUUCGUGUAUUUCUCAUUAAAAAAAUCACAUCA